CUCGUUAAUCGUUAGACGUUACUCACAUUGUGACAUUUCACAUAAUAAUUCAGUAAUCAUUAAUUAAUUAUCAGCUUUCGGAACAUUAUUAAGAAAUUGAUUAAAUCUAUCCCACUUUGAUAUUCUAAGUGAACCACAUUGAUUCAAAUAUUUGUUUUAUAAAAAACUCCUAAACCAGUCUUGGUAUUGCCUUUGGUUUGAAAAUAAUACAAUGACUACGGCCGCUAGACCCACUUUUGAUCCUGCUAGAGGUGGGCAGGGUCGCGGCGAGAAGGAUUUAAGUGCAAUAUCUCGUCAAUAUUCAAGUAGAGAUCUUCCUAGCCAUACAAAACUAAAAUACAGGGAGCAAGGUCAAGGAACUACAGAAGAGCUACGUUCAAGAGAUUUUCGUAAAGAGCUUGAUGAAAGAGAAAAAGAAGUGAAAGGCGCAAAUACAAGAAGACAAACAGAACCAUCUGUAAAACGGCUAAAAAUUGAUCAGGUACCAGCUGCCAGCUUAGAUGCUGAUGACCCUCUAGAAGGAGACUCAACUGAUUCUGAUGACUCUGAUGAUGACACAGCUGCUUUGCUAGCUGAACUGAAUAAAAUUAAAAAGGAGCGAGCAAUUGAACAGGCCAAAAAGGAAGCUGAAAAGAAACAGGAAGAGGAAAGAAUAAGAAUGGAAAACAUUUUGUCUGGCAACCCACUUUUGAACUAUUCUGCGGCAGGCCAAAAAAAUGACUUAAAGGUGAAACGCAGAUGGGACGAUGACGUCGUUUUCAAAAAUUGUGCGCGCUCCGAACCUGAAAAAAAGGCAAAUUCAUUUAUAAAUGACUCCUUACGAUCAGAAUUUCACAAAAAAUUUAUGGAAAAGUAUGUUAAAUGAGUAGAAUAAUUAUUGAUUUAUAUAGAUUCUAGUAAUUAAGUCAUUGCACACAUCCACUUGUGUACAUAAAGGUUUUUAUUUGUAAAAAUACUGACAUUAAAAUGUAUUACACAUCUUU